CCCUGCAGUGCCUCCUGGUCCUGCCUUCCUUCUCAAAGGAAAUCCUAUGCCAGGAACAACUCUGGAGCUCCUCCCCCUUCUCCAACCUGCUCAGGUGUCUGUCUGUCUGAUGUGCACCGUUUGGGUCUACCUGACAGUGGCGCAAACCAGGACUCAAAAGCAGACCUCAUGUGGAAGGUCAAGUACUCCUUGUCGGGAUAUGAUUUGAAGUAUCUGGGGGAUACGCAACAGGACGCACACGAGUUACUUGUGAAUAUGCUGUGCCAGCUGAAGGAGGAGGGCAUGAUACUGAAGACACUCGGGGUGAACUAUACCUGCCCUGUUUCCCAGCUGGAGUUCCAGCUUGUCUCAGUGCGCACAUGUACCAGCUGUGGGCGCGAGUCGUCCACCAGAGAGGACUACAAUCACCUCUCAUUGGACUUCAGCUCUGAGCGCACCUUGCUAAGCAGCCUAGCACUCACUUUCAAAGGAGAAAAGGUUGAAUUCACAUGUGCGGGCUGCAAGGGCCUCCACGCCUCAAAGGUGGAGCAGUUCCACACACUGCCUCUUGUGCUAGUUCUGCAUCUGAAGAGGUUUGGAGGACCUGGGGGGUUGGAGAAGCUGGAGGCUCCUCUUUUGUUUCCUUCGGAGCUGAGGCUCUCCAUCUUCUGUGGGGACACGGUGCCACCCCUGCACAGUGCCAGCCCACAGGCCCUCACCAACCAGACCCCCAAUAUCCAGAUGUCCAUCCACCAGACCCUCGCCAGCCACCCACCUGGAGAGGCCAAAGAUAGUGCCCUCUGCUGUUCAGAAGCAGCAGCCAGUGAAGUCAGUGAUUGGCUACUACCAGCUGACUGGCGUAGUCUCUCAUUUGGGAGGAUCCGCAAACUCCGGGCACUACAUUAGUGACAUCUUGAAUGCAAGUGGAAACUGGUUCUGCUGUAACGACAGCCAAGUGUCAAUGUCCAAUGAAGUCACUGUGCUGAGGACCAGAGCCUGGAGUGCUUACCUGCUCUUCUAUAUGUUCAGGGCAGGAGAGCAUUAGGCCCCAGCACACAGGGCCUAACAGGGCCACCAGCACCAGCCUCAACAGGGGCAGCACCUGGACCAGCCUCCACACACCAAGCUCAGCCUCAAAAGGCCCAGACUAAAUACCCUCAGCCCAGCUUCAACAGGGGUAGUCCCAUGCCCAGCCUCAACAUCCUCAGAUCUUCCUCAACAGGGGCAGCACCAGGCCCAGCUUCAACACCCCCAGCCCUGCCUCAACAGGGGCAGCACCAGGCCCAGCUCCAACACCCCCUGCCCAGCCUCAACAGUGGCAGCAAUGGCCCAGGCUCACAUCCCCAGCCCAGCCUCAACACCUCCACGUUUGCCCCUCUUCAUAUUUUUCCCUGACGACAUUCCCACUGCUGUGUCUAAAAAAAUAAAUCACUUAAGGAAUCGGACUUCAGACCCCCCCACCCUACAGAAAAUGAUGACUGGUCUGUCAAUCAUGCGGCUCAAGGGAGACUUGAUCUUCAACACUAGCUUAGAGCAUCCUUUUCAGUAGCGUAUGUCAUAAAUAUCUGCCCUUGUUUCGACUACUUCGCCGAAUGUAUAAAGUGCAUGUAAAAAACGAAUACAGUAUACACACUAAAUGUAGUACACAUAUAAAUGUGGUGGAUAGAGUGUCUGAUUAUUUAGAGGGUAUAACAUCUCUUAUAUUUGGUUAAGUUUUAAAACCUCCUGUUGUGAAAUACACUGUGGUGUAUAACCUCUUAAUCAGCAUGGUCACACUGGAUGCACUGCAAUAUUCAACAUUGAUCCAGGUCCCCAGGAUAUCGGGAGAUUACUUGUGCAUGCCAUGUAAUUUCAAUAAAGAAAAACAAACUUAAAAUAAUCCAAUUGAAGAUAAUUCUGUUAACCGUUGUAACUCUUUCAGUUCAGGAAGCUUUAUCGUCUGGUCCUAAUAGGAAACGCGACAAAGGGAAGCAGCUGGGCAGCUGAUGUUAUGGAGCCUUUUAGCCCUCAAUCAGGUCUGGAGGAGGAAUGCCACAUAAAGAUUCAGAGAUGCUAUGAGUAUAUUUUGAAGUUACUCUCUAGUUGUAUUUACCAUUUGAAUAAAUACAGACAUGAAAAUGCUGGGCUACGGAUGUAACCUUGGUUCUUUCUCUGAGUAGAGUAUCUGAGUAGAGUAAUGGGUCACCAAACGACCUAUGGGAACUCCUUCCCUUUCACGUGAUAUGAUUGAGAUGCUUAAUGUCAAAGAUGUUUACAGUGAUGCCACACCCUUACUGUACCCAUGUGACCUGUCACCAUAAAAGGGUGUGACGUGACGUACUUUUCUUCACUCACGUACGUACACUUCCCUACGUAUUUAUUUUGACAGUGAAGCUACAACUUUUACUUUGGCUCUAUACUCCAGCAUUUUGGAUUUGAGAUAGAAUGUUUCAUAUGGGGUGACUGUACAGAAUGUCACCUUUUAUUUAAGGGUAAUGAAUGGUAAAUAUUUUGGAGUAAUUUUAUUGUAAAUAAGAAUUGAGUAUUUUUCCGAACACUUCUACAUUAAUGUGGAUGCUACCAUGAUUAUGGAUUA